GCCUCUGCGUACCCGUACAAGCAAAGUCGUGAUGUUCGGCGCGUCCUUCUUGAUCACGCUGAUCGUCGUGCUGCUGGUUAAGUACGGCAACAAGGUGCAGGUCGACCACGAGAAUCUGUGGCCUCUACAGAAUUUUGUCGAAAUUUCUCUGUUGAUCGUGGUGGGGAUGAUCACGGUGUACACGAGCGUGGCUCUGGACAAGAAGACGCACGAUCCCAAGACCAAUAGUUCACGCAAUUAUGACGUGGUGGAGACGCCUCGUCUUCCGUCCGUCGCUGCGGAUGUCCACACGUUCCAGAAUCUUAUUUCUGAGUACAAUGUGGACGUUGGACGUCGUCCGAACAUCCCCGACCUCAUUGAGUCGGCGUUUAUGGAGCACCGCGCGUUCCGUAAGGCGAAUCCAUCGUCGUCCGCUGCUGGUAACAAGACGAUCGGCGUGUUUGUUUCAGGCCCCGAGGAGCUCAAGAAAGCGGUCGAGUACGCGAUCGCAGACAUCGGCAGCCAACACUUUGAUGUGCAUGAGGAGGAAUUCGAACUUUGA